AUGCACCGUCCUGGGCCUCCAUCUGUGAUACGUGUUUUCUUCAUGGUUUCCUUUGUAUACAUGGCCGAUGCCAGCCAAUCACACUGUAUCACAACACCUGGUUAUAUAUUCCCUGGAGUGAAUACUACUAUCUCUGUUCACUUGUUUGGAACAAUUGAUUCCGAGUUGAAUGUGACCGCAGAAAUUCGAGGCCUUAAAAAUGAAUUCGUACAGGCUAGCAAGGUCUUCUACAGAGAUACCAUUGGAUUGCUCACUAUUCCACCACUUCCAAUGACCGCUUCUUCAGAUUUCUAUCAGUUAGCUGUGUUUGGCUCAUCUCACGAUACAUGGAUAUUCUUAAAAAUUAUUGUUUUACCAUUAAAAAAAAGGAAUAGAUCUGUUUUUGUACAAACUGACAAAGAUGUCUAUAAACCUGGACAAACAGUCAAAAUCCGAGUGAUUUCUAUCACGCAUGAUCUGAAACCAUACAAUGGACAACUGGACGUUACUAUAAAGGGCCUGGAGACAAAUUCACAUUUUACCAUUGUUGAAGAUGUUUUGCCAAAAUUUGAGGUUAUUCUAAAAGUUCCAUCUUUCUAUAUUCAAACAAAGAAACUAAACCUGACAGGAACAGUCAAUGCAAAGCAUAUCUUUGGAAAGCCUAUCAAAGGAAAUGUAACAGUAUCUCUGAUAACAGUGUACUUUAAUAUGUCUGAAAUUACUGAAACUAAAACAUACAAGAUCUCGGGCUCUGUCGAUUUCAGUUUCACAGCUGAAGGAAUGUUAUCCUUGUUGAAUAAUAGCCUGAUAAUGAUUACAGCCUCUGUGACUGAAGAACUUACAGGUAUUGUGGCACAAGCUUCAUCACUAUUGCAUAUAAUAGACUCUGAGUACAGCCUUGUUUUAUCCAGUGCACCGCAAGAGACUGCACAAGGCUUGAAUUUCACAGCAAAGUUGCAGGUCGUGAGAUUUGAUAAUUCUUCAUUAACACAAGAAGAAAGAAAGAAAAUUGUUACAGUUAAGAUUGUUCAGAGGACAACUGAGGAUAUCCAAGGACACAAUGAAACAGAUACCAAUUAUUUCAAUACAAUCGAGUGCAAUUACACGAUUCCUGAAUCUGGAAUUAUUAGCAUUCAGUUUUCAAUAGUGUUUUAUGUUGCAACAAUAAUGAUUGAGGCACACUAUCAAAAUACCACUGAGCGAUGGAAUCUUCGAGAUGUAAGAUUUCCUCUUACAUUACCUUAUUAUGCCGAAAUAAAAACUUCAAAUUCGAUAAAGCAGGUUGGAGAAGCAUUCCAAGUUGAUGUUGCUACCAAUCCACAGGCCCAGGACAUGUACUAUGUGGUGAUGGCCAAAGGGAUCAUAGUUGCUGCUGGGCAGUCUAAGAAUGCAUCAUUCAUCCUCACUCCAGAAUACUCUUGGGCUCCAAAAGUUACUCUGAUUGUGUAUUUCUUUAGAAAAAAUGAGCAGGUUAUUUUAAAAACGAAUGAAAUAUUGUACAUCAAAGGACUCUUUAAGAACAAGGUUUCCUUGUCAUGGAAUAAAAUAGUAACAAGACCUUCAGAAAAUAUUUCAUUGAAUUUGAAUGUGUCACAAUUCGGCUCUUUGGUGGGUCUAAGAAUGGCUGAAAAAAAAUCUCCAACUGUGUUAAAUGGAAACGCUUUUACUGCAAAAAGAGUGGAAAAUGAACUUGUGACAUACACUGAGGGCACGGGUUAUAGUCUGAGUGAUAUCCAGAUUGACGUUAUUAAUAGUCCACAUGAAACUCAGGUUAAUUUACCUGGACUGUCAAGGAGUUUGCGGUCUAUUUAUUCUCUUGCUCUAAGCGAAGUGUUAACGUACUUGAGAGUAAAAAAAUAUUUAUCUACAAAACAAAUCUUAGAACAUAAUGACAUCAUGAUAUCCCGCUCACUCAAAUUUCUUAAUAUUAAUGAAGUCAUUGUUAAAGAGACUCCAAUAACGAAUUGGGAACUAGACGUAUUAUUUCCAUCAACAUCAACCAGAACUGAUGAAAUUGUUUUAAAUCUGCCACGUAUGGAACCUUUUAUUCCAGAAACAUGGGUUUGGAAAGAAACCAAUGUUAGUUCUGGUGUUACAAACAUUCUUCAGUUGACUGCUCCUCAAACAAACAGUUCUUGGGUGGCAGAUGCUUUCGUAAUUUCUGAGGAACAUGGACUUGGAUUUACAGAGGAAUCCGUUGAGCUUGAUGUGUUUGAGAAUUUAUUUAUUUCAUUGAAUCUCCCGUACUCCAUCACUAGAGGUGAACAGUUUAUUUUGGAGGUUUCUUUAUUUAACCAGUUAACAAGAAACAUGGAGGCCACAGUUAAACUUGAAGCUAGUGACUCCUUCGAGAUAAUCAUUCCGAAUACUGAUUCAAGUGUUCCUGGCCUUAUGGAUGUGGCCAUUCGCAGUCAGGAAACAAAAACUGUUUUGUUCCCAAUCAAACCAAAACAUCUAGGCCAGAUCUCAAUAACAGUGAAGGCAAAUUCAUCUGGAACAUUUUAUAAUACAACCAAAAGUAUAUUUGUAAAGGCUGAAGAAAUAAAGAGAUUUUAUUCCCAGGCUGCGGUUUUUGAUGUAGUUGGCACAGCAGGUGCUGCUAAGACUGUAGUCAAAAUGUUCCCAUUCACUUUUCUUGAUGAUUUGGUUGAAGGUAGCGAGGAAGCAUUUAUCACGGUUAAUGGAGAUCUUCUUGCAUCUUCAAUAGAUGGUCUUGAGUCUCUGAUCCAUAUGCCAUAUGGUUGUGGAGAGCAAAACAUGAUUAACUUUGCACCAAAUAUCUAUGUUCUUCAUUAUUUGACUGAAGUUCAAAAGCUAACUGAAGAUAUUAAAUUAAAAGCCAUCGGUUUCAUGGAAUUAGGUUAUCAGAAGGAAUUAACAUACAUGAGACAUGACGGUUCAUUUAGUGCAUUUGGCGAUAGGGAUGUUUCCGGGAGUACUUGGCUUUCUGCAUUUGUACUUAGAUGUUUUCUUCAGGCUCGACCAUUUAUUUUCAUUAGCCAAGAGGUUCUAGACCAAACAGUACAAUGGCUGGUUCAGAAGCAGGAUAUAAACACUGGGAUAUUCUCUGAACCAGGAAAUGUCAUUCAUCCUGAACUCCAGAGUGGGUUAAAUGGACCUGUCACACUCACUGCCUAUAUCCUUAUUUCACUACUAGAAGAUGAAGGCUAUAGGAAACUUUAUGAUGUCAACAUUUUUAGAGCUGUUCAAUAUCUUGAGAGCGAGUUUGAUGAAGGGAUUUCCAGUAACUACACAUUAUCUGUAGUUGUGUAUGCUCUAACCCUGGCCAACAGUACUAAAGCAGGUGCAGCACUUACACAACUCAACUCAAGAGCAAACAACAUUGGAAAUGUGAUGUAUUGGUCUUCAGCACCUGAAAAACAAAACUAUUGGUUGCCACGAUCAAAUGACAUUGAAACAGCUGCCUACGCAUUACUUUCACACUGCAAACAAAACCGCAUUUUAGAUGGUGUGCCUAUCAUGAAAUGGCUCAGUCAGCAAAGAAACAGCCUUGGAGGAUAUUCAACUACACAGGAUACCAUAAUGGGUCUUCAAGCUUUGGCCCAGUUUUUAAGUAUAAUUCCAGGUAGUGAUACGUCCUUGAAUAUAACAGUUACUGGCUCUGGAUCAUUUGUUCCAACAACAUUUCAGAUCAACAAUGACAAUCUUUUGGUUUUACAAACUCAGCAGAUCUCAGUAUCUCAGCCAUUUUCAAUCAAUGUUUCUGCAGUUGGAAGAGGAAUAGCUAUUUUCCAGCUAAAUAUAAAUUAUAACCAGAAAGCAUCGUCCAGGAAUAGCAGAGGUAUAUGGCCUAAGAACUCCCUUGAACCAGAAUCAUUCACCUUAAAUAUGGUUGUAAAUGAAGAUCCAAAUAACUCCGAGCGGCUUUCUGUCGAUGUAUGCACAAGUUAUCAAGGCACAGGUAAUGAGAGUGGAAUGGCCCUUUUAGAUGUUGGAUUUCUCAGUGGAUUCUCAUUGGAUCCAAAAGGCAUUCCCUUACAUGGGUCUCUUAAAAUGGUGGAAACAAAGGAGGAGAAAGUAUACCUAUACUUUGAUUCGGUGAAAAAAACAAAUGUUUGUGUGUCUGUCCCAUUGGUUCGAGUGGCAAAUGUAGCCGGUUCUCAAGAUGCUGUAGUUAAAAUCUUAGAUUACUAUAACCCAUCAAACAUGGCAAUAGGAACAUAUAAUUCUGCAACCAUGAGCAAGAUCUCCUCCUGUGACUUCUGUGGAUUGAACUGUUCUCUGUGUAUAUCCAAUGUCUUGCUAAAACCGCCUUUCAGCCUGCAGUUGAAUUCACCAAACACUGGCAGUGUUCAAACAACAUCUCCAACAUCUCCACUGUGUGGGUUCCUCAUGCUUGCCAUAUAUUAUAUAUUUUGGUAG